CACCAACCUACCCUACCUCCUCGUUAUACGCCGUACUGUAAGUCGCAAAUGGUCCCGCAGGCGACAAGACCUGCUUCCCUGUCGCUGUCGUAGCUAGCUAGCAACGACUCCUCUUUAUUCGUCUCAUUCACAUUACAUUAUUUGAGGACUUCGUGGGAUCGAGCGAGGAGCUCGCCGUCCACUGCCUCAGUCGCUCGUUAUUUGUCAAUAAGAUCUUCUUUCUAUCCUGGGGUUGCUUCUUCAUUCUCGAUACUCGUACUCGAAAUUCUACCCACAGACAGCAUCUCCGUGAACGAGCACUCCGUGCUUUUUCCUGGUAUUCAACUGGCACACCUAGGACAGACUCUGCCUAGACGAGACGUCGUUUAGCUGCACCUGCGGACCCUGGUACAGGUGGCUACGCUGUCCGCCGCUAUCGAGCCCAAAUCGUCGGGAUUUCCUUCAAGCUUGCAUCAUUGCUUCUCCGUGCCAGGUGAGUCUCAAUGGCAGUCCAUAGAUUGGACACAUGCCCUUCUACAAGAAAAAGCAUAUCUUUGGCUUGUCCAUCCGACCUCUACUUUCUGACUUGCCUCACAAUGUGGCACGAGCUUUUUUCAACUGACCCCAAUGUUCCAGACCGAGUAACUUGCUGAACUCCACCGUCGUGUGUCCAUCCUCGAUUCAACACGCAACGCGCCGCAGGCCUCGAUCCCCUUACCUCUGUCGUUACACACACCGCAACCCGAGUCAUCCCCCAUACGAGAUUGAGCUGUCAGAACACGAGUACCGCUUUGCAUCAUCAAUCACUAGGUCAAAAAAUGAGAUAGCACAGGAGGGCAGUCCUUGCUCUCAAGUCGACCGAGAUGACAGCAGUAGAUCACAAUCGAUCUUUGGUAUUGGGAAGCAACAGCCCCGUAGCAGGCAGAACAAAUUGGAACAUGUUGCAUGAUGACCUGCAGACAUGGAAAGAGUCUGCCAAACUCAUCGACGAUGUCUCUUACAACACGGCUGUCCUACAACUGACCUCGUCAAAGACCGAGGAUGAUCUCGACGAUGAAGUUUCCGCACAGCUUCAAGCUCUCGGUCUGCUACAACCAGCCGUUGUGUCGGCCCUACAAGCGAUUACUUCAUCUCUAGCUACCGUCACAGUUGCCUCGGAUUCAAUCAAUGCGAGUGCAAUCCACCCGAAGUCUCCAGACUGGAAAUCCGCUGCUUCAAGUGACCACCGACCGAUCACGCGAUCGUCCUACACUUCCGACCGCUCACCUUCAUCUCGAGUGGAUGCAGACAAGAGAAGAAACUCACCCUUGAAACGAGGGUUGAAGAGGCUUUCGGGCUUUCGAAAGAGAAGGUCAGGCUCCGCGGCGCUUGCGUCCCCGACCUUGACGAGUGUUAGCAGCACAGACACACAUCAGAGUGAAGAGGGCUCUAUAGACAUGAAGAAUCCUUUGUCGAUCAAGUCGAGCAAGAGUUCGUGGUCACCAAUCUUGCCCGCCCGCAAACCGAGUUAUGAUGAGUCGACGCCCGUUGACGAAGACGCCCUCAAACGGAGCAUGGAAUGCCGGCACUUGAUGAAUCUUCAGAUGACCCAAUUGGAGGAGAAGGUCCGCUUUCUAGAGUACCAGACCACUCUAAUUUCACAACUAAGAACCCGGAAAGAGGACGCAAAGAGGCAGAGACAAGUGGAGUAUGAAAAGAUACUCGCCGAACAAAGCACAAAGAAUGAACAAAUUGUUGAAGCCCUGGAGGCACGUCAACUGGAGGAGGAAAUUAAGAUGCAGAAGGAACAUGAGCUUGAGAAACGAGCUUGCAUAGUGCGAUUGCGGCACAUGGAAGCCUAUUGUCAUACUUCUACGCCACCACCGGACUCUGUGAGUCCCGGUUCAGGCCGUUCAUCCAUUGAUUCUUCUUUACCGGAAAGAAAAGUGACGGACAAGGACUAUCACAACCUUGCUCAACAAUAUCGCGAACGAGAUGUGAUGGACACUUUGCAUUCGUCCAAGAUCAAUGUUUUGCGUGGUAGGCAGAAAAAGGCCGUCGAAAAUCUGAUUGCGAAGAAAGAAGCCGAACUCGAAAAGAUGGAACAAGAUCAAGCAAAGGAACUCCAAACCAUUGACCAAGAUUUCACCUCUCAGGAAGUCCAACUGAGACUGGCUCUUGGGGUAAAGCGUACCAGACUUGAGAACAGGUGGAAAACGCAGGCAUUGAUCGAAAGGACCAAGAUGGAAAAGGCGACUGGGCUUCCCUACGCUCCUUUACCAGACAUCAUUGCCGUCGAGGGAUCCAAGACGACUGUUUUCGAUCUCUGAGUUGGUCGUUCCCGACGAUUCUUCGGCCCACCCCGUCAGUUUGAUUGAUAUCGACAAAUUCCCCCCCCCCCACCUCCUGAUUUGGUUUUUUCCAGCUGCAUCGCUCCAAACUAUAUUGACUAUCCCAUGGGGGUGGACACAGUCUGUGUGGUUCUUGCCGGCAACUGCCACAAUGUAAUGUGCUAUGAUGGAUGAGGUCACUAAGAAAUGAAAAACCAAGGGCAGUUCUUAUGCCCACGCAGUCAGUACCUGCUACGAAAUUAUCGAUAGAAUAAGGAGGCCUUUUUGAGCCGAGCUUGCUAGCAUAUGUAUGCGAAGUCUACGCAGAGAGGCGUUGAGGUCCUCCAACUUUCCAUCUUUGUCGUCUACUACAAUCAUUGACUGAAUAGGACGCCGUGCCUAGUUUUCGUGCUCUGUGACGAACAAGAUGACAAAACCAUCACAAUCGACAAAGUACGGCAUGGUAUACUCGCAUCGAGUACGAAAAGGGGUGGGAACAGAUUCUCCGAUCAAUACGGAGGAUGAACUAGCGGAUAUGCUUGCCGGUAAGCCUCGUUCAGGAACGUCAUA